AGCACCCCACCCCACUUUCCGAAACCCAAAAAUCUUGUAAUCCACCGUACUGUAUUGUUCCUCACUGGUUCAUCGCCAGCCACUUUCUAAAAGAAAGCAAAGCUGAAGAGCUAAAGCCUUUCCGUUGGGCGGAUUUAUGAUGGGAACGCUGGCGAGCUACAGCUUUAGCACUCCGAAUUUCAGGCUUCGUUCGGGUCACUUUGAUGACAAUUUCCGGGAGCGGGUUCGAGGUUUCGAUUCGUAUAGGAAGAAAUCAGGUUCAGGUUCUUGUCAUCUGUGCGGGGGAAGAAUGUUCAGCAACAAGAGGGAGUAUAUUACGUUUCGGAAGAAUUCUACUAAAGUCUGGUGCUUUGGUGAGAAUAACGAUAGGGAUGGUGUUAACAGUAAUGACGGUAGCAAAGAAGUGGAAAGCAGUGAAAUGGGUGGGCAAGAUUCUAGUGUAGCAACAGCAUCCCCUGAAGACAAUGGGGAGAGAACUGCCGAGGAUAGUGAAUUUGGUUCUGACAAUUCUCCUGCCUCUAUUUCAUCAAAGCCACCAACUAUAUCUUCUCUUGGACCAGCUUACAGUAAUUUCCAAGUGGACUCUUUCAAAUUGCUUGAGCUUCUAGGACCCGAGAAGGUCGAUCCAUCUGAUAUCAAGCUAAUAAAGGACAAGCUUUUCGGGUACUCAACCUUUUGGGUUACUAAGGAAGAAAUAUUUGGAGACCUUGGUGAGGGCGUUCUUUUCCUUGGGAAUUUAAGGGGGGCAAGAGAAGACGUGUUUGCUAAACUUCAGAAUCAGCUAGCAGAGAUUACGGGUGAUAAAUACAACCUUUUCAUGGUGGAAGAACCCAAUGCAGAAGGAGCAGAUCCUCGUGGUGGUCCACGAGUUAGUUUCGGUUUGUUAAGAAAGGAGGUGUCCGAGCCAGGGCCAACCACACUUUGGCAAUAUGUGAUUGCUAUGCUGUUAUUCCUUUUAACAGUUGGUUCUUCUGUCGAGUUAGGAAUUGCAUCUCAGAUCAAUCGCCUUCCUCCAGAAGUGGUGAAGUAUUUUACCGAUCCAAAUGCCGUUGAACCACCAGAUAUGCAGCUGCUUUUCCCGUUUGUGGAUUCUGCUUUGCCGUUAGCCUAUGGUAUCUUAGGAAUUCUGCUAUUUCAUGAACUUGGGCAUUUUAUUGCUGCUUUCCCUAAAAAAGUGAAACUCAGCAUUCCAUUCUUCAUCCCCAACAUUACACUUGGAAGUUUUGGUGCAAUAACUCAGUUCAAAUCUAUCCUUCCUGAUCGGAGUACAAAAGUUGACAUUUCGUUAGCUGGUCCAUUUGCCGGUGCUAUUCUCUCUUUCUCCAUGUUCAUCGUCGGCCUGCUGCUUUCAUCAAAUCCUGCUGCUACUGAAGACUUGAUACAGGUUCCUAGUAUGCUGUUCCAGGGCUCUUUACUUCUCGGGUUAAUCAGCAGAGCUACCCUUGGUUAUGCGUAUGUCCCUCCCAGAUAAAUCCCUGAGCCUUUUAUCCUUGAUGAUCAACAGAAAAAUAAUAUAGAAAGUCACGUUGAGACUCUGAUUCAUACAAAUUGAUGUUAUGAAUAUGCAGAGCAAUGCAUGCUGCAACAGUUUCUAUCCAUCCUCUUGUGAUUGCUGGCUGGUGUGGCUUAACUACAACAGCUUUUAAUCUACUGCCAGUAGGAAGCCUUGAUGGUGGAAGAGCAGUCCAGGGUGCUUUCGGGAAAAGUGCUCUUAUUGGAUUUGGGUUGACCACAUACGCAUUUCUUGGUCUGGGAGUGGUAAGCCAAAUCCUUGGUGGUCCAUUAUCACUCCCCUGGGGCCUGUACGUGUUGAUAUGUCAGAGGGCGCCGGAGAAGCCAUGCUUAAACGACGUGACAGAGGUUGGAACUUGGAGACAAGCUGCUGUUAUGACGGCAAUUUUCCUAGUGGUGCUGACACUGGUUCCGGUUUGGGAUGAGCUGGCGGAGGAGCUAGGUAUAGGUCUCGUGUCUACAUUUUGAUUGCUAAUAUAUAGGGAGAGAACAGAAAGAAGAGUAUACAAAGCCAAUUUUGACAUACUGUAUUGUGUGGGUCAAUACUAAUAUUUGUAUCUUUCGCCAUUGUUGUUAUAAAAAGCAAUUGUUUUAUAUUGCGUUAGCUUCGCCACGGACCUCUUGUAGAGAUACUUGAUGCAGAAGCUGGACAAGUGCAUCGUCGUGAAAACUGCGUUCGUAUUUCCUUUGGUCCCAC